AUCCCCUAACAGCCACAUUCACAGUAGUGAUAGCACAGUUAACUGCAAAUGGAGAAACGUGAAGAGAAGGUUGUAUGCGUGACAGGUGCGUCAGGCUUCGUAGCCUCAUGCCUCAUCGGCACUCUUCUUCGCAAAGGCUACACUGUCAAUGCUACCGUCAGGAACGUCGCCGAUCCGACCAAGGUCGACCAUCUCAAGGCGCUGGAAGGGGCUAAGGAACGGUUGAGAUUGUUCCACGCUGAUUUGACGGUGAAAGCCUCCUUUGAUGCUGCUGUGGACGGCUGCGAUGGCGUCUUCCACACCGCAUCGCCCGUCGUCUUCGACAAUAUAAAGGAUCCGCAGACGGAGCUCAUAGAGCCUGCGGUUAAUGGAACUCUUAAUGUCCUUAGAUCCUGCCUCCGAUCCCCCUCCGUGAAACGAGUGGUCUUAACAUCUUCACUUGCUGCUGUUGUUAUCAGUAGGAAAGCUUUGGAAGGAAACGCCAUAGCUGAUGAAACUUGGCAAUCUGAGCCAGGAUUUUGCGAGGAAAUUCAGGCAUGGUAUUGUUUGUCAAAGACACUGGCGGAAGAAGCAGCGUGGAACUUCGCGAAGAGCCAUGGAAUCGACUUAGUAGUGAUAAAUCCUGGCCUGGUUAUAGGCCGUGCCCUGCAGCCAAUUCUCAACGUCACAUUUGAGGAAUUUCUACAGUUCAUUACGAAAGGGACGAGUUCGAUCGUUACAGCCGACGGAACAGUUAUACUAGUGGAUAUAGAAGAUGUUGUCCAAGCACAUAUCCUAGCAUUGGAGAAUCCUUCGGCUAAUGGAAGAUACUGCUUAGCUUCAGCAUCGCUGUACAAAUCCGAAGUUUAUAAGAUUAUUCGGCAUUUGUACCCUACCUUCACCCUUCCUCCAUGUGAUGAAAACGAUCGGCUAAAGCGAAGCGCACUGCAGAUAUCGAAGGAGAAGGUGAAAUCCUUGGGCGUUGAUUUCGUUCCCAUCGAACAGAGUAUUAAGGAGACCAUUGAAUUUCUCAAGGAAAGGAACAUGCUAGCCGUUCCAUGAAGAUAAGUUCUAACUAUAUAUAUAAACAGAUCUGAUCUAUGCAUCAUCCAUUAAGCUUGAAGUAGUUUGAUCAUUUGCUUCUGUAUCGAUCCAUCGCCAUCUUCUCCCUUAUCAAAUCUGUUUAUACAAUAUUUUUAAAAACUUUGAUACUAUUUUUAAGAAAUCAAAAUAAAUAUAUUUUAGACA